CUGCCCGAAUCGCAUCAGGCUGAAAACGCGGCUAGGGAGCUAUCACUGAAACCGAUAACGUAGUGUGUGCUUGUUCGUGAAUGCUGAGAAUUCCGUGAAGCAAGAAAGACCACAACAAGAUGGCUGAAGCCCAUGCGGCUGUGGCCUUCCAGUUCACAGUCACCAAUGAAGGAAUCGAUUUUGACAUCAACCAUGAAGCCCUGAAGGCUGUCUUUGAAAGCGGCCGCCGAUCCUGGGUCAAGAGAUUCAGACGAUUCCAGAAUGGGAUGGUAAACACCACCUACCCAGCUAGCCCGGCCAGCUGGUUGGCUGUACUGACAGCUGUUACGGCUCUAACUCUGGCCCGUGUUGAUCCUUCCAUGGGAAUGAUUGAGAAACUCAAGAAUAACUUCCUGCCAGUGGAGUACCUUGGAGCAACACCUGCCAUCUACCUUUCCACAGCAAUCUAUGCCACGUUGCUGUGGCUGGUCAUCAUCUUCUCAGUCCGGUUCAUCUUGAAGCGUCUGCUUUCCUACAAGGGGUUCAUGUAUGAAGGCAGGGGGAAGGUCUCCCUCAAGACCAAGAUAUGGACUGUGCUGCUCAGGUGUUUUGCUACUCGUAAGCCACGUCUGUUUGGCUACCAGAAUGCACUACCUAAUCUACCAUUGCCACCACUCAAGGACACAAUGAGGCGUUAUUUGCUGUCGGUAAGAGGUUUUCUGAAUGACGAGGAGUUUGAACGUAUGGAGCUGCUGGUUAAAGACUUUGAGGUUGGUUUGGGACCACGCCUCCAACGUUACCUUCGCCUGAAGUGGUGGUGGUCCACCAACUAUGUGAGUGACUGGUGGGAGGAGUAUGUGUACUUGAGAGGCCGGGCUCCGAUCAUGGUCAAUAGUAACUACUAUGGCAUGGAUGCUAUUGCAAUGGCACCCACAUUUAUGCAAGCUGCCCGCGCGGCCAACCAGACCACAGGUCUCCUGACCUUCCGUCGAGAGAUAGAGCGGGAAACGUUGAAGCCUCUGAUCAUUCAGGGAAUGAUCCCUCUCUGCUCCUACCAGUAUGAACGUUUGUUCAACACCACACGCAUUCCUGGUCUGGAGACGGACAAGGUGGUACAUCUGAAGGACAGCAAACAUGUUGCUGUCAUGUCGCGAGGGCGCUUCUACAAGGUGGUGUUUCAGGUCAACGGGAAGAUGCUGAAUCCUGCUGAGCUGCAGAAGCAGUACCAGUUGAUUAUAGAUGACCCAGUAGGACCCAUGGAUGGGGAGGAGCACUUGGCUGCUCUAACAGCUGGUGACAGGAUCCCAUGGGCUUUGGCUCGGCAGAGGUUCUUCAUGCGUGGGGUCAAUAAAGUAUCAUUGAAGGCCAUAGAGACGGCAGCGUUUAUGGUUGUGCUUGACGACGAGGUGCAGGACUAUGAUACAGAACCACUCAAGAUGAUCCUGUCCAAUCAAACCCUACCACCAUGGUACAAAGAGCGCCCCCAAGAGCUCACUGAUGACCAGAAACCAUCACCAGCACAGGAUGAAUGGAAUCAGAAUCGCAAACUGGAUCAGUUCAGUCACUCUCUCCUCGCUGGUACUGGACACAAUCGUUGGUUUGAUAAGUGCUUCAACCUCGUCAUCUUCAAGAAUGGCCGAUUGGGAGUCAAUGCUGAACACUCCAUUGCGGAUGCCCCUGUCAUGGCUCAUCUGUUUGAGUAUGCAUUCGGUGAGGACCUGUCUCUGGGUUAUACUGACGAAGGAGCAUGUAAGGGAACAGUAGGAGCCACCUAUGCAUCCCCAACACGCCUAAAGUGGGAGCUGUCAGAGGAGUUGACUAGUGUAAUUGAAACUAGUCUGGACACUGCAAAGAAGAUUGCUGAUGAUCUGGAUUUCCACCUGCUGGUGCACAACCACUUUGGCAAGGGCAAGAUGAAGAAGUGCAAAGUCAGCCCUGAUGGCUUCAUCCAAAUGGGCAUGCAGCUUGCCUACUACAGAGAUGCUGGCAAGUUCAAUUUGACCUACGAGGCUUCAAUGACCCGUUUCUUCAGAGAAGGUCGCACUGAAACUGUCAGACCAUGCACCAUCAGCUCAUGUGACUUUGUCAAAUCCAUGGAAGAUGCUUCAGCAACGAAAGAGGAACGUCUAGCCAAAUUCCACAAGGCAGUAGAUGCCCAUGUGAAUGGUUAUCGUGAUGCUAUGUGUGGCAAAGGUAUCGAUCGACAUCUAUUCUGCCUCUAUGUGGUAUCCAAGUACCUCAAUGAAGACUCUCCUUUCUUGCAGAAGGUGCUGAGUGAGCCAUGGCGUUUGUCAACCAGCCAAACACCCCAUCAGCAGAUGAACAAUCUGGACCUUGCUAAACAUCCUGAGUUGAUAUCAGCAGGGGGUGGAUUCGGCCCAGUUGCCAAGGAUGGCUAUGGUGUGUCGUACAUCGUUGCUGGUGAGAAUGUCAUCUUCUAUCAUGUCUCCAGCAGUAGGUCAUCACCUAACACUGAUGCGUGGCGCUUCUCCAAACACAUUGAGCAAGCAAAUAUUGACAUCUUGGCUCUCUUCAACUAAGCAGCGACAAACCACCGACAAACCACCAAACAGGACCCAACAAAUUGCAAGUGCACAAACAACGCCUGAUUUCAUAGAGCUGCUGAAGCACACAAUAUUGCUUAACAACUGUUUGCUAAACAAAAAUGAGCUGGUAUAC